AUGUCCCACCUUCUAACUCAAUGUAAUCUUGUGUCAGACCUAGAGUCCCCUAACUCCAUCCUUCGUUGUCAACUGAACGAUCAUGUGCUACAAGUUGGUAAGCUCAAGGCUGACAUUGUGAACAUCAAACUGGCCUUUGCAGACAGCGUUCUCGGCGCUAGUCGUUUUUGUAACCCCUCUGUCUCCCCUAACCCUUCGUACGCUAUGGUUGCUCGUGGCCCUGCCACUAGUUCGGUGUUAGUUGCCAAAUGGGUUGCUGGUUCAGAGCCCCCAGCACCAGUUGAUCUAAUGGCGGGGGAAAAGAGGUUGGACACCCUCAAUACCGGCCUUAUCCCCUCUCACGUCCGUGUUAAGAACGACAAGAUGUUCAUCACUCUGGACAACGAAUUGGCGGUUUCCAAAGCUGCCGACAUCCUGAACAAACAACCUGAGUUUCGCUCUCAGUUUUCCCAGGCUUCCAAGCUAAAUUUUUUCUUUCCUGUUGUGGCUCUGUUUGUUGAUGUCACAGACCUCGACCAUCUUAAAUUUGAAUUAGAGCACCGUAACAAGCUAAUGAGGGGUCAAAUCCACUCCUUAAAGAAAGUCUAUUCUAAACCUAAUUCCCCGUUAGGUCACGUGAAAAUCUUCCUUCAGUCGCGGGAAGCCAGAGACAACAUUCUGCUCCAAAAAAAAGUCUCUGUCAAUGGUGUGAACUUUCGCGUGGUUCCCAUCGAUCUCGAUCGUGAGGUUAGACGAUGCUUUCGUUGCCAAAAAUACGGUCACAUCCAAGGGGUUUGCAAGGCAGUUACUUCUGCCUGCGGUAAAUGCUCUAAAUCUCACCGAACUAGCGAAUGCUCGGCAGCUAAAGAUGACUGGCGCUGUGUAAACUGCGACGGCCCCCACCAAACGGGCUCCCCUUCUUGUCAUGAGCAAAUUAAAGCUGUGGCCCGUUACAGAUCCUUUUUAGACUAG